GAUUGGUUGCGCAGGCGCAGGGAAAGGAUCCGUUUUGGCGGGCGGCUGGCGUUGCGCAGAAGGCGGCGGUAGCGGGUGGCUUGUGGUGCAGCUUUACCACAGAGGAACCGCGCAGGCCUUAGUGAACCUGGUGGCCUUAGUCCUUCAGGUGGAUCAGCGUGCGACAUGGGAAAGAAAACCAAGAGGACAGCUGACAGUUCUUCUUCCGAGGAUGAGGAGGAGUAUGUGGUGGAAAAGGUGUUAGACAGACGCAUGGUUAAGGGGCAAGUGGAGUAUCUGUUGAAGUGGAAAGGCUUUUCUGAGGAGCACAAUACUUGGGAACCUGAGAAGAACUUGGAUUGUCCUGAACUAAUUUCUGAGUUUAUGAAAAAGUAUAAGAAGAUGAAGGAGGGUGAAAACAACAAGCCCAGGGAGAAGUCAGAAGGAAACAAGAGGAAAUCCAGUUUCUCUAAUAGUGCUGAUGAUAUAAAAUCUAAAAAAAAGAGAGAGCAGAGCAAUGAUAUCGCUCGAGGCUUUGAGAGAGGACUGGAACCAGAAAAGAUCAUUGGGGCAACAGAUUCCUGUGGUGACUUAAUGUUCUUAAUGAAAUGGAAAGACACAGAUGAAGCCGACCUGGUUCUGGCAAAAGAAGCUAAUGUGAAAUGUCCACAAAUUGUGAUAGCAUUUUAUGAAGAGAGACUGACGUGGCAUGCAUAUCCAGAAGAUGCGGAAAACAAAGAGAAAGAAAGCACGAAGAGCUAAAAGGAGGGGGUGGUCUCUGUCAUUUCUCUUUGUAUAUAAUACGUCCACCUUCCUGCCUCCUCCCUUCUCCCAUCCCUUUCAUUCCUACACAUCCAUAAAAACAUGUGCUUAUCACUGUGCUCCAUGGGA